AUGGACAAUCCUCUGGACCAGACGACCCUCUCCACCAUAUCCCUCCUCGAGUCGCGUCUCCUGCGCCUCGAACACGUCCUCUACGGACCGACAGCCUCGCACCCUCCGGCACAGCCUGAAUCCGUCUCAUGGAGAAUGGGCCAGUUGGAGAAGCGCUUCUCCGUGAUGCUUUCCCGCAUCCGCGUAUACGGCGAUCUCCUCAAGAUUUACAGGUCGCAUCCAGACUUGUUCCACGCCCCGGCCUCGUCCGAGCCACCAUCGCAGCUCUCGGCCGACGCCAUACGCUCCAUGGUUCUCGCGUCUGCCUCGUCCUAUCCCGCCAUUCUCUCCUCACUUACCGCCAUCAAAGACAGCCCCAUCCCCGACGUAUCGGAGAGCACCGCCCUGAUAUCCAUGACGGAUCGCAUGAAGGCUAUUCAGGUCACCCAGGCCGCCCAGGCCGCCGACAUGGCUGAGCUGCGCCGACGAAGCGAGGUCGUUGUACGGUCGUGGUACGAGAGCAACCUUCUUGCCGGCUCGCGGUCCAUGGCCGACAUGGAGAGCCGCGUAGAGGGGGUGGAGCGGCAGGUCAGGCGACGAGAGCGGGCCAAGGAGGAAGACAAAGAGAUGUAA